AUGUUUAACAACUACAAAUUGAAAUUUAAAGAAAACGAGCAUUUUGAUCAAUUCAAAGAUAAGCUUGAAGAUAGUUUAAAAGAAGAAUUCUUUCUCCUAAUUGAUGAAAUUGAAUCAUAAUUAAAUCAACAUGUUUAUGAAUAAGAAAAGUUGUUAGAUUAGAUAAAUAAUUUGUAAUUACAAACACAAAAUAAAUUAGAUUAAGAAUUGGCCAAGUAUACUUUAUUCAAAAUUAUAUAUUAGCAACUUUGAAUAUCAAAAAUAAAUAAAUUAGCUGAAUGAAUAAUUGUAGCAACAAAAUACUCAAAUUUCAUUUUUAAAUAAAUCAAUGAAAAAUGUCUAUGUUGAACAAAUAGAUUUGUUUUCACCAAUCAAAGCGCCUUCUCUCUCUCCUUAAAUUACUAGGACAUAAUGUAAUAUAAUCUAUUUUAUUGAUUAGCCAUUAAUAAACAAGUUAAAAGAAAACUCUUAAUGACAGAAAAAGAAAAUGAUAAUCAUGGUAAUUGUUACAGUAGCAUAAAAAAAAUAAGAUAGAAUGAUUAUUUUCUUGAUGAAUAAGAAUUUCUGAUUUUUUUUAAGGAACAAUGUAUGAAAGAUUUCUUAGAUAAAUAAAUAGAAAGAGAAUAAGAAUUAUUUAGUUUAUGGUAGAAAAUGUAAAAUUAGAGUUUAGAGAAAUGUUAAUUAUUACAAUAAACGAUUGAUCUUGCAUGUUCUUAGAUGGAUGCCUAUAAAUAACAAUAUAAUUCGGAUAUUAAAAUCUAUACCGAUGUACUCUAAUAAUUGGAAAUGAGAGUAUCAAAAUACUAGAUUGCCUUUCAAUAGAUACUUUAAAAUAAUCUCACUUAAAUUGAACUUAAUAAUAUUAUUCAAUUAGCUAAAACUUUAAAUUCAGAAUUUAAUAAUGUUAAUGAUUUGGAUAAAUUAAUUGAUCUCCUUAUGGAAUUUAAUUAGACAAGCCAGAAAUUUAAUAUGAGUCUUCAAAACAAUUAAAAUAUCAAGAUUUAGAAUUUGCAAACCCACAUUUUAGAAUUAGAAUAAUAGAAGAAAGAAUAUAAUGAUGUCAAAGAACAAAGAUAAGAAUUAUUAGAAUUGAGUUAAUAGAUGAAUAGUAAAAUCAUACAGUAGUCUAAUUAGAUUGAAGAAAUGAAUCAGCAAAUAGUAUCUCUCACCUAAUUAUUUGCUAAAGCCUUAUAAGAUUUAGAAAGAAUUCAAGGAGAGAAUGAAACACUAAGAAAAUCUUAUAAUUGCAACACUAACUUUAGCAAUAAUAUUACAACAAGAACAUAGGAAGGGAGUGUGAGUUUAAAGAAUCACUUUAUAGCUAAUAGAUAUUCUACAUACAUUCCUAGAGAAAGUUUUAGUUGCAAAAAUUCUUAUAGAAUUGAUUAAAGAUAAACCAAUUUCAGUUCGGACUUUAAAAAAUCACAAUCUAAUUAUGAGCUUGAUGACAUUUACUAUUUAUUGGAUUAAUUGUUAAAUCAAGGUUAUUCAAAUAACGCGCUCGAUUUCAUUAACAAUGUAAAUAAUUAAGUAUAAAUAUAGUUUCAAUGUUCAAGUGGUAAUUUCAAAAUUCAGAUGCUAUGGCAAAAGUUGAAAGAUUUCUUAGUGAUAGCCUACUAUUCUUAUAAUUAAUAAGAUGAAAUUUUUACAUCAUUAAACAAAUUUAUAACUGAUCUGAAAUUGCCAAUUAACUAAUUUGAAUUUAUCAUUGAGGAUGGGUUAUAGCACACUGUAAGUAAAUUGGAAUCUAAUUCUAUUUUAUUGUGUUAGUUGUUACAUAGAUUGGCAUCUGAUAUUCAUGAUAUGAAAUUAUCAUAAUCUUAUAUUGUUGACUCAAACAUCAAGUCAGAAUCUUAGAAAGAUUAUUCUUAAUGCAUCAUGCAAGAAUUAACCAAUUUAUCAAAACAACUAAUUCAUAUUUGUUAAGAAAAUGAUGACAUUAUAGUCUUGCAAAUUGAAAGGUAGAUUGAAAUCCAAGAAUAAUUAAAAUUAUAAAGAAAUAGAUAAUUAAGAGACAUUUAAACUAGUACUUGCAAAAUAUUAAUGGAAUUGUUUAAGGAGUGGAAAUAAAAUUAUCUUAAUAUUUCAUAGAUCUUGUUGAUCUUAUGCAAAGGUUGGCAAUAAUUACAAUAACAAAAAUAAGAUCGAGUUUUAGAAGGAAUAAUGAAAAAUGUACAUGAUGAAAUAAAAUAAUUAUAAAAAUCCAAUUUAGGAUAAAUUAUUAGUUAAGAAUUGAAAGCAUUUUCAUUUAUAUAUAAAUCAUGA